AAUCUGACGUAUCUGGUAUCCCUGCCGGGUGUGUGCGAAGAUACGAUGUGUAUUUUGUAAUUUACGUAUUUGUUAGUGUAAACAAUGCUUAUUACAAAUUAUUUAAGCGUAGAUUAAUAUAAUAAUAUUUGUUUAUUGGCCAAUGCAAUAGUUUAAGAGUUUUGUACGCAUUUUACAUUAAUGUGAGGUUCUCGUGCUUUGUCUUCGUGUGUGACAAUAUCUCAAAAUGGCGCAUCAGCUAGCACCGUCUGUAAAUUGUUCACUAGACGACAUUGACCUCAGCGCUCUAAAGGAUCCUGCUGGAAUAUUUGAACUGAUAGAAGUAGUAGGAAAUGGAACAUAUGGACAAGUUUACAAGGGUCGUCACACAAAAACAGGCCAGCUUGCGGCAAUUAAGGUUAUGGAUGUCACACAAGAUGAAGAGGAAGAGAUCAAACUUGAAAUAAAUGUCCUGAAGAAGUACUCUAAUCAUCGUAAUAUUGCCACAUAUUAUGGUGCAUUUAUUAAGAAGAGUCCGCCUGGAAAAGACGAUCAACUCUGGUUGGUCAUGGAAUAUUGUGGGGCUGGAUCCGUAACUGAUUUGGUUAAAUCAACAAAGGGUCAGUCAUUGAAAGAAGAAUGGAUAUCAUACAUAUGCAGAGAAAUACUAAGGGGCCUCAGUUAUUUACACACCAACAAAGUUAUACACAGAGAUAUUAAAGGGCAAAAUGUGUUGCUCACAGAUAAUGCUGAAGUUAAACUUGUGGACUUUGGUGUUUCGGCACAACUGGAUAGAACCAUUGGAAGGAGAAACACAUUUAUAGGUACCCCAUACUGGAUGGCACCUGAAGUGAUAGCUUGUGAUGAAAACCCCGAUGCGACUUAUGACAAUAGAUCUGACCUGUGGUCGCUGGGCAUCACUGCACUUGAAAUGGCCGAGAGUCAACCUCCUCUCUGUGAUCUUCACCCCAUGAGAGCACUCUUUCUCAUUCCCAGAAAUGCACCGCCUCGUUUAAAGGCAAAGAAGUGGACUAAAAAAUUCCACAGUUUCAUUGAAACAGUUCUUGUAAAAGACUAUCACCAACGUCCGUACACUGAACAGUUGCUGAAACAUCCAUUCAUAAGAGAUCAGCCUACAGAACGCCAAGUGAGAAUUCAGCUAAAGGAUCAUAUAGACAGGUGUAAGAAGAGAAAGCAGGACAAUUCAGUUCGAGAAGACUACAAGUAUUCUGGAUCUGAGGGAGAAGAAGAGGAGAAUGCAGUGGCCGGAGAACCAUCGUCUAUCGUACACAACGCGGCCGCGCACCAGGGCGGGGACACGCUCCGUCGAAACUUCCAACAAAUACAGGAAUGCAGCAGAGCUCCAGCCGAUGCUCAGCCGCAGCCACCACCGAAACGAAACAGUAAACGUGAGGAGCGUGAAGAAAUACCAGAACCUGGCCCGCCAGCAAGGCCAUCGAUACCACAAAGACUGAUUGUUGUACCGGACCCACAGGUGCAACAGCCUAAUAGAUACAGACCCCUGCCUCCGACGCCCAAGUCAUCGGGCUCUUCCAACAGCUCGGGCUCAAACAACGGCACGCCCCCAGCCAGCGGGCCACAGCCCCCGCAACGUGGAUCUCAUAUGUUCAAACCAAUGCUUCCACCACGAAAGCCAGAGGAUUUGGAUAAACUGGCCGCACAGCUGAACGAACUGGGUGCGGUGUCCGGAAAUGACCCGCCUAAUCGGCCUCCACGAGCGCCUACUAAUGGACAAGGCCCACCAGUGGAAAGAAAUGCUCCAGAGCCGACAUUCGACGACACGGACAGCGACUCUGAUGCCGAAGAGAGCGGCGGCCGCGUGCGCAACGACGGCACUCUGCUCGCCAGCGAUCCGCCUAAACCACUGCCGGGCCUGGGCGCGGUGUCGGAGCACGGCGGGGCCCCGGGCGCGGCGCCCACUCGCCCGCUACCGCCCACCCCGGACGACGACGACGCCCACGCAGACCGCACGCUCGUCAUGAAACGAAGGGAAAACUCUGAAAACGAUAAAAGGCAGUCAGACGUCGACGAGGCCGUUCUACUGAAAGAUUGGGACUUCGCAAGAUUUUUCCCAUCAAAAAAUAACGAGGGCAAAGAGGAAAAACGAGAUAAAACCAAAGAGGCCGAACAAAAGCGGACGCAAAUUCAAAACCAGUCGAGAUUGGAAAUGGAAGAGGCUUGGGCGAAAUACAAGGCGAUUGCCACACCACCGUCGCGUCACAAACAGUUAUUUCAAAAACCCAGUGAGAAAUCUACUCAAGAUAAACUAUCUGAUAUCUUGAAAUAUAAAAAGGAACAAGAUGCAGGGUUGAAUUCUCCAAAUAGAUUUUUUAGGGGAUUCAGGAGAGAGAACUCUGAUUUUUUUCCACUACCUAGUACUCGACAUUCUGCUAUAUUCUUUCCAAAACAUGAUAAUCAAAUUGGACCCAGCAAGCAACUAAGAUCCAGUGGUUUUUUUAACAACUCUCGCAAACAGAGCGCAAAGCCGGCUGCGGGCGAACCUGUACUAACCGAUUUUAUUAAAAUGAGUGACAGCCUAAAAAUGACAGCUCGUGGAGACGUGAAGAAGAAUGAAAAAAAAGUUAGUGACAAGAAAAUAAACGAUAAAAAGACUGCACCCACCAGUUCCAUAGAAGCACUGAAAAGCGUUGCAGCUUUGAUCCGACAAGAUAGCGAGCAAAGCAACGGUCCGAGCCGCCAGAGCAGCGUCAACAGCGACUCUCCGGCGACUAGCAUUUGUUUCACUAGCGGAGCCUCCUUCGAGAAGGCGGGCACGCCGGACCUCACCGCUAACACACUUGAAAAUAACAUCCAAAUGGCAGCCUCCGCCGACGCAGCCAUCAUGAUGCGGCCUCGCAGAGAAAAGACUGAAUCUGAUAUAGUAUUUCGAAGAAAUUCCCUUUAUACUCGACAUACAGAACUGAUGUCAAGUGGGCAGGAAGCGGUACUCGCACAAGAUCAGGGUCGGUCAAGCGGCGCUAACGACGGGAGCGGCGCCCGUACCAGUUCAGUUCUCCCAGACCUGCUCAGCCAGGCCGGCCAGCCCACCACGCCGCCGCGACACGACAAGUCUACCAGCGAAGAGUAUAGGCAAGCGAUUGCUGGCGGGACGCCUUUACCGCACCACCACCACCCUCUCCCAUCCUCGGUACAGUCCACCCCGUCGAAGUCGUUCGUGGCGAGUGUGGCGUCCCCUCAGAGCUUACAGCAUUCCCCCUCAAACUCGUCAGUGGGUUCCCAACAAUUCCUUCCGUUGCAACAGAAACAGCGUUCGUUCCUGGCGUUCGGAUUCGGCGCGGGAACUACGGGCAGCAGCGGCACAGGAGGCUCGGGCAACGCGUCGCGACGAGAGAGUCACGUCAACGUAAAUGUAACACCUUCCGGACACGACUUGUCGUCCGACACGCCGGAGAUACGCAAAUACAAGAAGCGAUUCAAUUCGGAGAUACUGUGCGCCGCAUUGUGGGGGGUCAAUUUGCUGAUUGGCACUGAAAAUGGUUUGAUGCUCCUGGACCGCUCAGGGCAGGGCAAAGUUUAUCAGUUGAUCUCACGACGCCGUUUCCAACAAAUGGAAGUGUUAGAAGGACAAAAUAUUCUCGUAACAGUUUCUGGGAAGAAAAAUAGAGUUCGCGUGUAUUAUUUAAGCUGGCUUAAGUCAAAGAUUCUUCGCACUGAUGGGCUGAGUGAUCAAGCGGAAAGGAGAAAUGGUUGGAUAAACGUGGGUGAACUGCAAGGCGCAGUCCACUUCCGAAUCGUGAAAUACGAAAGGAUCAAGUUCCUAGUAAUCGCUCUGAAGGAUUCUAUUGAGAUAUAUGCAUGGGCACCGAAACCAUAUCACAAAUUCAUGGCCUUCAAAAAUUUCGGAGUGUUGCAACAUAGGCCACUAUUAGUAGAUCUUACGAUUGAAGAAGGAACAAGACUGAAAGUAAUUUAUGGCUCAGCAGAUGGCUUCCAUGCUAUUGACUUGGAUACUACUGCUGUCUAUGACAUUUAUAUUCCAAAGCAUAACCAGGGGCCUAUAAUUCCUCAUUGUAUUGUACCGCUUCCGAAUUCUAAUGGCGUGCAGUUGCUUCUAUGUUAUGAUAAUGAAGGAGUGUAUGUGAACACCAAUGGCCGCGUCAGUAAAAACAUUGUUCUUCAGUGGGGAGAAAUGCCGACAUCAGUAGCUUAUAUUGGCACUGGACAAAUCAUGGGUUGGGGCAACAAAGCUAUUGAAAUCAGAUCUGUGGAAAGUGGGCAUUUGGAUGGUGUUUUCAUGCACAAAAAAGCACAACGACUUAAGUUUUUGUGUGAACGCAAUGACAAGGUAUUCUUUUCAUCCGCUAAAGGAGGCUCUUCUUGUCAGAUUUACUUCAUGACGCUCAACAAACCUGGUAUGGCCAACUGGUAGUGUCAGGGCGCCGUCGGCACUGAGCGCGCCUUCCAUCUGUGAUGUACGUAACCACGAGUCCUGCUGUCUGUACAUGCUUCCAAUGUACAAGAACAUGCCAGUAGAUUAGUCAAUGUAACAAAAUUUUAUCAUUGGUUUGCCCCUACAAAGAUUUGUGAUAGUGGCAGUGCUCAAAAGACAAUCUACUAAAUAUUAUAUUCAUUCAAAUGUUUGAGGACACUAUUAUUAUACAAUGUCGCAUUUUAUAUUGACAUUAUAAUUUCAAUACAAGCUGCUAGGGAUUAUUAUAAUGUUUAAGCAAUAACCUCUAGACUAAAUGUUUUGAUAUUGACUAUUAUAUAAGUUAAAUCUGCUUAGGUUUUUAUAUUAUGUUGCUAAAGUUUUAUUUCUAAAAGAGAAUGUAUGUAAUUUCAAUUACAAUUAAUUCACAUAUGCCAUAUUAUAUUGUUUAUAAUGAUAAGAAAGUUAUGUGGGAGUGAUUGGUAAAAAGAUUUUUUCUUUACAAAAAUGCCAUGUUUAACAAUUAACAAAAUAAAUAUUGACAACCAUACAAACAGAAAAACUAGGUAAGGUAAUUAUAUUCUUCCACUUAUAAAUGCUUUUUCACUUACAAAUCGGCAUUUUAGUCAUGCAAGUAAUUUUGUAAUAUAAAUUAGCACCCAAACAACAAUUUUAAUGGAUAAAUCUUAAAAUUUGGUACUAUUUAUUAUUUAUUUGUUAUGUACUAUAUUAUUUACAUUUACAUGUAUAAAGGUGUAACUAUGCAUAUGGAAAACUAUAUAUUUGAUGACUUUUUAUUUGAGAAUACCUUAGUAAAUUAAAC